UUGGACUGGAUUCGGAAGCGAGAGGGAGAACUGACUCGGACUGGCACCUGUGGCUGCUGGAGUCAGAAUUCGUUUGAUGACGACGUUUUUGGAGGGGGUUGCGAACGGGGAGAGCGAAAGAGAGAGAUAGUGAGAGAGAGAGAGAGAGAGAGAGAGAGAGAGAGAGGAGGUGGAGAGGUGGUCUAGCCAGGAGGAGACACUCCCUCCACGCUCAGGUUGUCCACGGCGGCGCAACACGUCCAAGCCAGCCUCGCUGACGGUGUUCCAGCCCGGACCACUUGGAAGCACAGCCUCAGCCAACUUGAGCCUGGACUAGAAGACAGAAAGGAGAAUGGAGGACAGGAAAGACCCCUGACGCGCGGGUUUUGCGCACCAAAGUGAGAAAGAGGAUGCAUCCAAAGGGUUCUAGUAGAGGAAUGCUCCUGCAGGUGGGAUAGCUGCUCUGAGGAUUGGAUACAGCCAGCAGAACCAAUCUGGACUUCCAGACUGGAUCCAGGUUGUGGGGGAGCUCACAUUUGAAGGAUUACGAGGAGGAGGAGUUGUCUUUUUUGCUGCGAGCGUAGAGGUUUCAUGUCGGAGAAGACUCUUGCGUUGCCAUGACGAGCGAGGAGGAGGAGGGCCCCGGCGUUGCGGCAUCAUCGGCGCAGUUGGCUGUGACCAUCUCCCGGACGACUGCGGCCGCAGCCGGUGGCGACGGUGGCGAUGAUGUUAUCAUCCAACCCUCCUCCCCCUGCAGGUGCUCAACCUACCACCUCCCUUGUCCUGAGGAAGAGGAGGAGGAAAAGGAGGCGAUAGAGGAGGAGAAGAUCACCGAGGACGAGCGAUUGGAGGAGGUGGAGGCAGUGGAUGAUGACGAUGAUGAUGAUGAUGAUGAUGAUGAUGAUGGCAGCAGUACCACCAGUGUUCUGGUGGUGCCGUAUCCCGAGUUGGUCCCCGUGGUCUUCUUCUGCCUCAAGCAGACCACAUGUCCUCGCAGCUUGUGCAUCCGCAUGGUCUCCAGUCCUUGGUUCGAGCGUGUGAGCAUGAUGGUGAUCCUGCUGAACUGCGUCACGUUGGGAAUGUACCAACCCUGCGCUAACAUCGACUGCUCCUCCGAUCGAUGCCAAAUACUGCAGGCCUUCGAUGCCUUCAUCUACAUCUUUUUCGCCUUAGAGAUGGUCAUCAAGAUGGUGGCGCUGGGAAUCUUCGGAAGGCGCUGUUACCUGGGCGACACGUGGAACCGACUGGACUUCUUCAUCGUCAUGGCAGGGAUGGUGGAGUAUUCCCUGGACCUGCAGAACGUCAACUUCACAGCCAUCAGGACGGUGCGUGUCCUGCGACCGCUUAAAGCCAUCAACAGAGUGCCGAGCAUGCGCAUCCUGGUCAACCUGCUGCUGGACACGCUCCCCAUGCUGGGCAACGUCCUGCUGCUCUGCUUCUUCGUCUUCUUCAUCUUCGGCAUCAUCGGCGUGCAGCUGUGGGCGGGCCUUCUGAGGAACCGCUGCUACCCGGAAGAGAACUUCACGCUCACCUCGGGCAUCAGCCUGCCGCGUCCCUACUACAUGGCGAGCGAGGAUGACGAGCGGCCCUUCAUCUGCUCGCUGCCCGUGGACAACGGCAUCAUGUCAUGUUCGUACGUGCCGGCGCGCCGCGAGGGGGGCCGCACGUGCUGCCUGGACAAGGACGACGUGCUGUACCGGCAGUCGCUGGGCCUCAGCGUGGAGCCGCCGGCCAACGGCAGCGCUGGAGCGUCGGGCCUGUGUGUCAACUGGAACCAGUACUACACCAGGUGUCACACCGGUUCCAGCAACCCCCACAAGGGAGCCAUCAACUUUGACAAUAUUGCCUACGCCUGGAUUGUCAUCUUCCAGGUGAUCACUCUGGAAGGCUGGGUGGAGAUCAUGUACUACGUGAUGGACGCACAUUCCUUCUACAACUUCAUCUACUUCAUCCUGCUCAUCAUUGUGGGCUCCUUCUUCAUGAUCAACCUCUGCCUGGUGGUCAUCGCCACGCAGUUCUCCGAGACCAAGCAGAGAGAGCAUCAGCUGAUGCAGGAGCAGCGCGCCCGGUGCUCGUCGUCAUCCACGCUGGCCAGCGAGCCCGGCGACUGCUACGAGGAGCUCUUCCAGCUCAUCUGCCACAUGAUCCGCAAGGCCCGCAGACAGACCGUCACCCUCUUCAACACGCUGCGAGGGAAACCUCGCGGCUUCAGGGGCGUCGGCAGAGGCAGGCGAGGCGAGGGCAGGGACAGGAAGACCAACGGGAGAGGAGGGCGGGAGAGAAGAGCUGUUUUCCGACCUGGUCCACCUUGCCCGCACCAUUACAAACCCAACCACGCCUCCUCAGGUGAGCCCACGGCGCUUACCACCAGCCCUUCCACUGCGGGCGACUGCCCCCAAUGCGGCGCCACUCUGGCGCUCACUGACGGGGUCGUGGCACCAAGCCGUGUCACAGCCAAAGAGGAGGCGGAGGACGGCGCGGUGGAGGAGGCGGACAAGGAGCGAGGACAGUGCGGGAUCAAAGAGAGGUCAUGCCGGUGGGGCAUCGCAGGGGGCACCGCAGGCUGCAGCCCCCAAGAGCAGUGCAGUAUGCUAUGGUACGAUGCGAGGAUGAAGCUGUGGGGCAUCGUGGAGAGCAAGUACUUCAACCGAGGCAUCAUGAUCGCCAUCCUGAUCAACACUGUCAGCAUGGGUAUCGAGCAUCACGAGCAGCCCGAGGAGCUGACCAAUGUGCUGGAGAUCUGCAACAUCGUCUUCACCAGCAUGUUUUCUUUGGAGAUGAUCCUCAAGCUGACCGCCUUUGGCUCCUUCAACUACCUGAGGAACCCUUACAACGUCUUCGAUGGCGUCAUCGUCAUCAUAAGCGUCUGUGAGAUCGUGGGUCAGUCCGACGGGGGCUUGUCGGUGCUGAGAACGUUCCGGCUGCUGCGAGUACUCAAGCUGGUGAGGUUUAUGCCGGCCCUGAGAAGACAGCUGGUGGUCCUCAUGAAGACCAUGGACAACGUGGCCACCUUCUGCAUGCUGCUCAUGCUCUUCAUCUUCAUCUUCAGCAUUUUGGGGAUGCACAUCUUUGGCUGCAAAUUCAGCCUGAAGACCGAGACGGGAGACACAGUCCCGGACAGGAAGAACUUUGACUCCCUGCUGUGGGCCAUCGUCACCGUCUUUCAGAUUCUGACCCAAGAGGACUGGAACGUGGUCUUGUACAACGGCAUGGCGGCGACGUCACCCCUGGCCGCUCUCUACUUUGUGGCCCUGAUGACCUUUGGGAACUACGUCCUCUUCAACCUGCUGGUGGCCAUCUUGGUGGAGGGCUUCCAGGCGGAGGGUGACGCCAAUCGUUCCUAUUCGGAAGACGACCGCUCGUCUUCCGGCUUUGACGAAAGCGAGAAGCACGAAUCCAUUAAACUGUCGGACCCCAGGAUCUGCACCUUGACGCCCAACGGUCACCUGGAGCUGGGAGCUAUCGCGGGGCACACGGGCUCCCAUUCCUCAGAGAGGCGGAGCUUCACCGGCGAGUCCCGAAAGAACAGCGUGAUGAGCAAAGGCAGCCUGGAGCGACGCUCCCUCUCUCUGCGGCAUGGUCGCAGUUCCAACUACCACAACUGGGGACGCCCUUUCCACCCGCAGGCAGCGUGGAGUCGCAGGUCCAGUUCAAACAGCCUUGGUCGGAGGAACUAUGGCUUUGGUGGAGCACCACUGGUGGGGGGCAGCCUCCGCGUGCACAGCACCCGCACCCCUUACUCCCACACACAUGCUCCCGAGCAGGAGUCCCUCCUCUCCCGACCCCUGCACCAUCCGCCCCAAGCCGGCCUCCUCCUGUCCAGACACUUCGCUGCCAGAAGGGACCGCCGGGCGCUGUCCUUGGAGCUCCCGGAGCUGCUCCGGGCCGGUGGACAGCCCUCCUGCCUGCCUCCUGUCAACACAGACUCUGCAAAAAGGUCUGGAGCGGGGACGUCCAUCACGGAGGGUUCCGGGACGGGAAGUGGCUUCGGUGCUCACCACCGAGAUUGCAAUGGCAAGACCCCCGGUUCCCACAGCCUUCUGAUGUCUGAGGUUUUCCCCCAAGUCAACGCACGCAAGGACCGAGCAGACCUGGACGAAGAGACCGACUAUAGCGUUUGCUUCCGAGUGCAGAAGAUGUUCGAGGUGUACAAACCCGACUGGUGUGAAAGCAGAGAGGACUGGUCGGUCUACCUCUUCUCCCCCCAAAACAAGUUCAGGCUGCUGUGCCAGUCUAUCAUCGCUCACAAGCUCUUUGACUACGUGGUCUUGGUCUUCAUCUUCCUCAACUGCAUCACGGUGGCUCUGGAGAGGCCCAGGAUCCUUCAGGGCAGCCUGGAAAGGCUGCUGCUCACCCUUUCCAACUACAUCUUCACCGCCAUCUUUGUCACCGAGAUGACUGUCAAGGUGGUGUCCAUGGGCCUUUACCUGGGAGAGACGGCCUACUUGAGGAGCAGUUGGAACAUUCUGGACGGCUUCCUGGUCUUCGUGUCGCUCAUUGACAUCGUGGUGUCCAUGGCGGGCGGCGCCAAGAUCCUGGGUGUGCUCCGUGUUCUCCGGCUGCUGCGGACGCUCCGCCCCCUCAGGGUGAUCAGCAGAGCUCCCGGCCUGAAGCUGGUGGUGGAGACCCUCAUUACCUCCCUCAAGCCUAUCGGCAACAUCGUCCUCAUCUGCUGUGCCUUCUUCAUCAUCUUUGGAAUCCUGGGAGUUCAGCUGUUCAAAGGCAAGUUCUACUACUGUGUGGGCCUGGAUGUGAAGAACAUCACCAACAGGUCCGACUGCCUGGCUGCCAACCACAGAUGGGUUCAUCACAAAUACAACUUUGACAAUCUUGGACAGGCUCUGAUGUCCUUGUUUGUGCUGGCCUCCAAAGACGGCUGGGUCAACAUUAUGUAUCAUGGACUGGAUGCAGUGGGGAUAGACCAGCAGCCAGUGACCAACAACAACCCGUGGAUGCUGCUCUACUUCAUCUCCUUCCUGCUCAUCGUCAGCUUCUUCGUGCUCAACAUGUUCGUGGGCGUGGUGGUGGAGAACUUCCACAAGUGUCGGCAGCACCAGGAGGUGGAGGAGGCGCGGCGGCGCGAGGAGAAGCGCCAGCGCCGCAUGGAGAAGAAGAGAAGGAAGGCCCAGAAGCUUCCUUACUUUGCAUCGUACGGCCCGGCGCGCCUGGCCAUCCACACACUGUGCACCAGUCACUACCUGGACCUGGUCAUCACCUUCAUCAUCUGCAUCAACGUCAUCACCAUGUCACUGGAGCACUACAGCCAGCCUCAGUCUCUGGAAACAGCGCUGAAGUACUGCAACUACUUCUUCACCUCCACCUUCGUAAUUGAAGCCUCCCUCAAGCUGGUGGCCUUCGGAUUUCGGCGAUUCUUCAAAGACAGGUGGAACCAGUUGGACCUGGCCAUUGUACUGCUGUCAGUGAUGGGCAUCACACUGGAGGAGAUUGAGAUCAAUGCGUCCCUGCCCAUCAACCCCACCAUCAUCAGGAUCAUGAGGGUGCUCAGGAUAGCACGAGUGUUGAAGUUGUUGAAAAUGGCGACUGGGAUGAGAGCAUUGCUGGAUACGGUCGUCCAGGCUUUGCCUCAGGUGGGGAAUCUGGGCCUGCUCUUCAUGUUGCUCUUCUUCAUCUACGCCGCUCUAGGCGUGGAGCUCUUUGGAGAGCUGGUGUGCAACCUGGACUAUCCCUGCGAGGGCAUGAGUCGCCACGCCACCUUUGAAAACUUUGGGAUGGCCUUCCUCACCCUCUUCCAGGUCUCCACGGGGGACAACUGGAAUGGCAUCAUGAAGGACACCCUGCGAGAGUGCCCACCAGGUCGUCCGAGCAGCGACUACGGCUGCCACGCUGGCCUGCAGUUCAUCUCUCCUAUGUACUUUGUGUCCUUCGUGCUGACAGCGCAGUUUGUCCUCAUCAACGUGGUGGUGGCGGUGCUCAUGAAGCACCUGGAUGACUCUAACAAGGAGGCGCAGGAAGACGCCGAGAUGGACGCCGAGCUGGAGCUGGAGCUGGCCCAGGGGGGCCUCUGCUGCAUGAUGGGGGGCAUCGGGGCCAUCGCAGGGGCUACAGGUGCGGCCGCCGGCGUGGGCGGCAGAGCGCCUGCCACUGCAGUCGGGGCCCCGAGCAGCUCUUUGAUGGCAACGCCGAAGGAUGGAGGAGGAGCUGGUGGUCCUCAGGAAGGACACGCUAAUCACAGAUGUCGACUUUAUUCUCCUGCUCAGGAGAGCCAGUGGCUGGACAGCGUAUCUCUGCUUAUUAAAGACUCAGCAGAAGGCGACAUGAUCGACAACCUCUCUGGUUCAGUCUUCCAUCACUACUGCUCCACUCCCGUCUGCAAGGACUGUGAGGGACACCCGCAGGAGAUCCGGCUGGCGGAAGUGGAGCAGACGUCCCUGAUGUCGGAGCAACUGUCGGACAAGUCGUUAUCUCCGGCGCUGCCUGACGACCUGAGCCUGGACGACCAUGGAAGCUAUCAGCUGCUGGUUGGAGGAAGUCAGAGGGGCAGCAGUGACUCCCACAGUUCGGGGGAGUUGCCCACCGAGGUGCACUACAGUGAGCUCCAUCCUCCCAGAGGCAAUGAGGAGGAGGAGGAGGAGGACCAGGAGCUGUCUGAGGUUGGCAGUCAUCCUCGCUUGUGUCCUCCCGCAGUGGAACGACAAAGCCCGGCACACUGCAGAGAUGACUGCAUAAGCGGCAGCGAAGGAGCUCACAGGUCCUCGCCAGUCUUUCACCUGCCCGCCGACUUCUUUCACCCAGCCGCCGCUGAGAGCGGUGCGAGCCCACGAGAGAGAGCGCCGUCCAGGUUGGCCUCACCGGCCUCCUGGGCCUCCCUCCGCUCACCCGGAGCCAACAGCGGGCCGCCGCACUCACAGCAUACAUCCCAAGGCGACUUGUCCUCGGCUGCAGGCAGUUCAGAAAGCAGCCUGCAGACACCGGUAGAGGAAGGUCUAAGCUUUAGCGUCUCGCCACCUCGUGAUCUGGAUCUCUCCUGUCCACCACCCAGCCACCUCUCAAACCUCACUGCAGGCGAGCAGCAGCAGGGCCGCCCUACGGUGAAGAAACACAACUCCCCGGUCCCCCUGCAGGCCACUAGAGGCCACCAGAGAAGCCAGAGUAGCUCUGGUGGCGGCAGCUCCAGCCCCGGCUGCCCCCGCCAAGACUGCGUGGACCCUUCCAAUGAGGACAUGGGGGCAGGAGAUUGUGAGCAUGCCUUGGAGGGCUUGUCAGACACUCUGAACAGUCUUUCGCUGACUUCGCUGCUCACAACAGCCUCUUCGGCACGACCACUGGUGAAGAAAUGUAACAGCACAGGCACGCUGGACCAAACUAAGGGGAGCAAAGGUGGAUGCCAGCUCUCUGAGGAUGAUGCUCACAGGAAUUGGACGGCGGGUAGGGCGAGAGACGAGGACUGCGAUGUCACAGACUUCAGCAGGAAAAAUAGCAGUCGAGAAAGGGACGCAAACUCCCGAAAAAACAGAUGAAACGCUUCUUGUGGAACUUCUUGACUAGGGAAGGAUUCUUCCGACACGUUCUGUGAUCCCAAAUCGUCUUUGAACCGUCUGUUCUCUGUCACUCCCCUCCUGGGAUUCGGCUGCUCGGGAUCGGUUGUUUUGUUCGGGAUUGUACUGGUUAUUCUGUGAUGAUGGCAAGAAGCUUACAAACUUAAAGAUGUGCUUCUCCCAGGCUCUCGCCAAGAAAAUGGAAUUCUAAGGGUUGAUUAAGCUUUAGAUUAAGCUGGUUUGAAAACAGGGGCAGAGUAUUCUCAACCCAAGUGCAAAAAAAGCAAUUGUCAGUAUUGGUCGCAUGGCACACUUUUGCUGAAGAAGAAGCGGAACUCGUUUACGGAACUUGUUUUUAUAGAAAUAUCGCUAAAAAGUAGCAUUGGCAACCUACGGGACAUUUCAAAAGGUUGUCGAUUUUCUGUGAUCUUGUGUGCACGUGUAGACUCAAGUGUCCUCGAAAGACCUUCCCAUCAAGCGGUCCAGUCCGGUUUUGUUUGUCAUGAUACCGUUUAGAAGGGUAAAUCCUGAUGUGGCCUGUUUUCCGAGGAGUGCAAGCGGGAUGAAAGUACCUACUAGUGUAUCACAAAUAAGGGGCUGCAUCUUUCAAAGACUGCAUUUAAAUAACGUUCAAACAGCACGUCUGUCCCUGUUCGAAAGCUCUUCCAAAUUCAGACACAAGGGACACUUUCUAAAGUGCCCCUGAUUGGGUCUCCCCCUCGAGGGGCGGCAUCUUGGGGGGGAAGUUAGAACAAUUCCAGUUUGUUUGGAACUGGGGCUAGACAGAGGCCCCAAAAAAUAAGUUGUAGUGACAACACCUGCCCGGUGGAACCCUAAUUUGACUUUUUUUUCAUGAGGCCCAGAAUCCCUUGUGUCGCCGCUGCCCCCUUAGACCACCUAGACUGGGUCCCUUAUAGAGUGCCACCCCUCAUUGGGACACAGCUAGUAUAAGGUUCCAAUGAAGUCAACAUAGUGCAUCACACAGUAAACAAUGGAGGAAGGGACCAUUUUCUGUCCACCAAUCAACGCCCUGCACUCUGUCUGGUUCCGCCACUUUAGGACCCCCACCCACUGCACUUGGCGCCCCAACAGAACGGUGGCCAAAUGUGCUACAUAUCCCUCAUCUUGCUAAUUUUAACUGUGAAAACCAAAUUAAUGCAACUAAACUGCACUGCUUGGUGGAAACUGGUCUUAGGAGCUGACAUUGGACUAAAGGCCUGACUGAACGGGGGAGUUGGAUCAUCGCUGCUGCUGAGAAUACAUGUGGGCUCCUUGGUAGUGCCCACAUUUCCAUGAAAGGGCUAAAAAGUACUGAGUUGCAGACCUGGGCCAAAUAUUGUUAGCAGGUCUUUGUUGCUAACCACAGGGACUGUUUGUUGGAGCAAGGUUUUAGAUGAUCCCGCGGUUUAUUUACCUUGUCUUGUGUUGAGCCCCCAAUGGCCGUCUUGCCUCUUUGUUCUUAAACCAAGGCCGGACUUUCCAGUGCUCUCGUUUUGUUUUAAAGACUACCUCGGGGACUGAAUCCAAUCCCCUCGGUUUUGUCUUUGCGUACACACGUCCUAUUUUGGCGUUCAUUGGAAAAGCAGAAGCUGAUGGAAUGGGAACGGUUCCAUCCAAAGUCUUAUUUGACUCAGGUCUGCUGAAGUGUAGCAAGAGAACAAACAAACUAUGGCAAGCAAUGUGGAACAAAUGGCUCUCACUUGUAACAUCAAGAAAAGCCGCUGUUUACCCGACCGGCCGGGUACGUAGUCGGGUGUGGUGUGAUGUGGUCCUCUCGGCCAUGUGUUGUUGUGAUGUGUUUGUGUCUCGCAUCCAGAGCAGGUAGACCUCAGGUGGACUUCAACGCACGCACACACACACACACACACACACACACACACACACACGCACACACACAGACAUAUGUAUGCAUCAUGCAGAGAUGUCAACACACACUGUGGUGUGUUUUUGUAGCUUCAUCUUCAUUCACUUACUUUCCUCGGGGAAGCCACAGUAUUAGAUGAGUAUUGAGUCCGCCCACCCCCGCCCACCCCCACCCGCCCUUUGGAGAUAUGCAAUACGCUAUAGUAGAUGUACAGUUAGAAGUAUGAGUUUAGAGAAGAUUAUAUUUAUUAUGACUUGUGUAAUAGAAUCAAAUGCCAGCGGGAUUGAAAGGUCACUGAAAGGAUGACGUUGUGUCACAUGUGAUGUGUAUCAGGACCCCCCCACCCCAGAACACCUCACCUCUCCCCGCCUCACUGAGUUUUGUUCUGCAAAAAUGCAUGUGGGGUUCUGUUUCUGUUUCCCUAAAUGUCACUCUGGUGUCAUAAAAAAGUGAACAAGCUUU